UUUUGUACAUGUGUGUUCCAUGUUUCAUUUAAUUUUCUUACUCUAGAUUAUUUAUUGCAAGGUUUGUCGAUAUAUUAGAAACAAAGCUUAGUUCUACCUUUGUUACACCUGGGCUCAAGAAUCAAUCUCAUAUCAAACUGCGUAUUUACAAAAGUGUUACGCGGUUUCUUUCUGAUGAURUUCGGUGUCUUUUGAGCUGGCAGGCUGUCGACCUAAUUGGUCCUACASUGGGAUAGUUACCGCCGCGAGUUCGACUUUAAACCCUCUGACAUUACCCAAGCGCCGCUUUUUAUCUCCGCCUGAGAGAAAAUCUAAUGGACGCUACGAGGAAAAUCCUUCAAUUGCACACACCUGAUUAUGACCUCUGCUGAUGGAUGUAUAARAGGCGCAAUCUGAUUUAAAUUACAUUGAAAAUUGCCGGCGCGUGCGAAAUGAAACCAGAUUUACCCACAAAAAAUAUCAACAAUCAGCUUCUAGGGGAAAGCUUCCAAGAGAUGCCAUUACGACGUAAAACUCUUGCUAAAAGAGCAAGAUCAGCUGUCUUCUCACUGAAGCCAUGCUGGCCCAAUUAACUCGAAGAACUUUGAUCAUAGCGUAGUGAACAUCUUCUCGGCAUCUAUUCGUCGACUGGCUGGCGACCUGUUGAAAAUCUUAAGCUUCUGUUUUUGUUGUUAAGAAAAGCGGUACAACCAAAGGUUAACAAAAGAUUCGCUGCAAUCCUAAAGAGAUUUUUAAUUAUCAAGCUUAGUAUUCCAUCUCUAGUACCAUUCAUUAAAAAAUAUCCCUGUAAAACCAGGGUCCCAAAAAGGUUUUGUCUAAUAAGUUCUGAUUCUCAUGGUUGUUAUCUGUACCAAAGAGUGCACUGAAGGAUUCAAGAGUUGGCCGUAAAUUAUCGCCGGGGAUUAAUCUUUUGUUUGUACGUAAGUUGCAAUCCAAUAACCACAUACUUAAGUAAGUUAAUCGCGCAAGGGGCGGGGAACAAUCUUGAAAUUAAAACAUACGGCACAUAACAGGUACUUAUUAGCGAUACGUGUAGAAGCACUUCUUUUAUGAAUACUUCAGUGUCGACCAAAGUCCUAGUCUUGAAAACUGCAACCUCAACAGCUAUAAGGUCGUCGUGUUUGAGUCAUCUUUUACCUUGGCAGAUCAUUAAGUACCAGCACUUUACCAUGAACAGUGGAACUUUUUUCCUUGCUUUCCUGUUGGUUUGCUUAGCAYUUGAAGUCGUCUUCUGUUGCGGAACUUCUGAAGGAAAAGAAUCUGAGAAAAUCAAUAACACYGAAGUUCGUGGUAACGUGCCUCAAGAAUCCAGCAAACCGUCCGACWUUGUUGGUCCCUCAAACAAUACCAACAAUAAAAACAUAUCAACAACGAACGACUACACCACCUCUGACAACACCGACCAAGGAAAAACCAACAUAACCAGCCAACCAGAAGAAAAGCAGCAGUCAAUAAGUACUAAUAAGACUCCUAGUCGGAAGGACGUCAAAAAGCUCUCCACGACACCUACAGUGAAGGUAGCGACAAGAGUAAAAGUGAAAGCCCAAGAGACCACUGCACAUGCUCAGACUACGGCGUCACCUUCCGUCAUGAGGAUAGUUACGCAGUCYAUUCUUGAACCAAACUUUACUUCAUCGCCACCCAAAAGAAACCCAGACUCCUGCACGGCGUGGCAACAGUGUCCAAUCCAUCGUCAYCCAAAGAUCCAGGCCUGGCUUCAUAGUCUCCCAGCAUGCCCCUGUCGAUAUCCUUAUGGGUUGUAUUAUAACAACACCCUUUAUGACAAGAUCCAAGGGAAAUUGUUUUCAUGGAGAAAUGUCAACUUUAAGCUCGAGAAACUAGCUGUUUUCAAACCAACUGCAGCGUAUUGCAUUCGGCAGCUUUUACCGAACUCUGCAACCACAACAGCAACACAGCAGUGCUGUUAUGAUCGCAGGCUCCGACUGAUUACCCGRGGGAGWGGGUCUGGCACGCCAAAUUUGGUCGCACCAGAGCUAAAUGAAGGGAUGCAUAAUUACGUUGACUUGUUGCCGUUUAUUUCAUGCCAAGGAGACUGGACACGAUACCAAGCCGUGCGYCCACCGAAUAAUGCACUAAAAUGCCGCGAGAACCCCAAGAAGGGRGAGUUUCGAAGGCAAUUCAAAAGAGCCAGAGAGUUUUAGAUGCACGUUCAAACCUUACCGCGAAGGUUUUAUAUUAAUUGUAUUAGAGUGAAGGCAUUUAACCCGUGAUAUAAAAAAAAUGCAAGUUAACGUGUAAUAGUCAAAUAGUCACAAAAGAAUUAAGAUGAUGGAAUUUCGGUCUAUUAAUGUGUGUUAUCUAUUUCACGGGUUUUUAAAAUGACCUCUCUCUAUACCGGAUAUAUCACCAUAUAWCAGCGCAACUAAGGGUGGAUGAUUUAAGAUUGCUCUGGAGCAGAUUUCAUAAGAUUGUGAAAAGUCCUCGGCGCGACGUACCCGCGUGUCAUGACAGCGUGUCCGUACCUUGUCCAAGCACUUUAACCUAGUAAGCGUUUGUGUCCAUCACGCUGAGAUUGCUCAGCGAAUGUCAACGUUUCAACUCCGUGUCCGUAUGUUACGAAUUUUUACAGUCCUAUGAAAUCUAUUCUAUGGCGUUCAGUSGAAGUUAUAGACAAUACUGGAGAGGGGGCGCCAAAGGGUAAAAUGCGAGGCACUUAUAGACCUACGAUUUCCCAACCCAACUUUAGUAAAAUUUCUUUUAAAAAAAAUCAAAAAAUUAAAAACAAAUAUAAUAAAUAAAUAUAUAUACACAUAUAAUCAUUUAAUGAAAAAAGUUACAUUUAAUCUUUCUUAUAAUAAAUGUGUUCACUUUGAAUAGUAACAUGCCUUACCAUUAGUAACAUAUCAUUAGUCCAUAAGACAACCAUAAGGAAAUGUGUUAAUGAACAAUUAUUCGCCGAAGGCAGAGAAAAUAUCGGGGAGCAUUAUAUUCACCAAGCUGCAAGUCUUUGAGCAUCGAGGUAAAUAUUCCUAGAUAUUGACUUCCCAUGAGGUAAAGAGUAGGCCCUUUGCAGUGAACGGUCACUUGUCUCUACUGGAGAGSAAAAWUUUUGUUUUUUUAAAUUUUUGAUUGGUGAUUCUUUUUAGCUACUUGUAAAGAACAGAAUGAAACGAUGWGUAACCGGUGUGUUGCGAAAUACAGUUUURUUACCAUGUUACGAAAUAUGUGGUAGAAAGUGUUUGCUCUCCAGUAAGUUUCACCCAUGGAAAUCAAAAUUUUCAUUCAUUUGAUUUCAGUGGAUUAAUCAGCACGUAAUUCCUGAGCUGCAAAGGGCCUAUUGUUUUAGUGACUUUGGGAAACCUUAUGAUCMCCGCACCUUAGGAGCUCGACCAAUAGCCCACUUGUUGUCUCAUUUAAAUCUCAUUUGCAUGCAUCCAUGAUAACUGCUAUUACAUCAUGCAAAAUUUUAUACUCAGUCUACUGAGGAAAUUUGAUAGGAAAACAAAUAUAUGCAAAUAUAGAUGCAUUGCACCAUCUUUUUGCAUUGUUUUCCUAUUUGCUGUUAUUAUUGAGACAUGUUAUCUUGGCCAUCAACGACGGCCGAAUGAUGCUGAUUAUAUAUUUUAAUCAAUGACUCUUAUUUAUCACAGUUAGGCUACCUUGACUAUCUUAAUAUUUUCUAAUGCAAAUAUAUUGUUUUUUCCUUUYCACCUUGCACAGAUUGGAUCUUCCAUUUAUGCCGUAGUUUAAAUCYACACUCAACAUUAUAUAUAAAUAGAAGAAGUUAUAAACACAUAAUUCUUUA